AUGGCGUUGAAUGCGGUGUCUGCUUUCAAUGGACGUUUUCACAGCAAACCCUUCAUACAAUCUGUUACCACUUCCUAUAAUGACCGAGCUCUCAUUGGGUUUCUGGUCUUCCUCAUCAUCGCCGUGUCUGUGGCUCUGCUUUUGGUCGUCUACAAGAUUUACAUUCUGAAGCGCACAAAGUCGCAAGACCUGGGUGAAAACAUGAUGCUUAUCUCAACAACAAAUGAUGAGGAGAACCUGCUGCCUGUCGAGCCAAUUGCAGCAGAGUUACUGCUGGAAGCCUACAAGAGGAAGCUCGCAGAUGAGGGAAGACUUUUCCUGCAUGAGUUUCAGAGCAUCCCCAGAAUCUUCUCAAGGUACAAUGUGAAAGAGGCCAAAAAGCCCUGCAAUGUCCCCAAGAACCGCUACGUGGACAUCCUGCCAUAUGAUCAUAACCGCGUCCAGCUGACCACCGGAAAUGGAGAGACAGGAUCUGAUUACAUCAAUGCCAGCUUCAUUGAUGGGUACAAGGAAUCCAAAAAGUACAUUGCAGCUCAAGGUCCGAAGGACGAGACUGUGAGUGACUUCUGGAGGAUGGUCUGGGAGCAGCAGUCAUCGAUCAUUGUAAUGGUAACACGCUGUGAAGAGGGAAAUAGGGUCAAGUGUGCGCAGUACUGGCCGUCUCCAGACCGGGAGACAGAGAUCUUUUCGGAGUUUAUAGUGAAGCUGAACUCAGAGGACCGCUGUCCAGAUUACACCAUCCGCCAUCUCAGCCUGACUAAUAAGAGGGAGAAGAACUCAGAGAGGGAGGUGACCCACAUCCAGUUCAUGAGUUGGCCGGACCACGGCGUCCCAGGGGAGCCACAUCUGCUCCUGAAACUGAGGCGGCGUGUCAAUGCUUUCAAGAAUUUCUUUAGCGGUCCCAUCGUCGUUCACUGCAGCGCGGGAGUCGGCAGGACAGGUACCUACAUUGGCAUCGAUGCCAUGAUGGAGGGUCUAGAGGCGGAGGGCAGAGUGGACAUCUACGGUUACGUAGUCCGACUACGCAGACAGAGGUGUCUCAUGGUUCAAGUAGAGGCCCAGUACAUCCUGAUUCACCAGGCGCUGCUGGAGCACAAUCAGUUUGGAGAGACUGAGUUCGGUGUAUCUGAGCUCCACAGCACACUGAGCACGCUCAAACAGAAGAACCCGGGCAAUGAACCCACCUUGAUGCAGGAUGAGUUUGAGAGACUCCCAUCCUAUAAAAACUGGAGGACAUUCAACACAGGGAUCACAGAAGAGAACAAGAAGAAAAAUCGCUUUUCAUCUGUCAUCCCUUAUGACUACAACCGAGUGUUGCUGAAGGUAGAUGAAGGACGCAGUCAUGAUAGUGACCCUGACGAGGAAGACGAGGACGAUUCAUCAGAUGAGGAGGAUGAGGACUCCGGUCAAUACAUCAAUGCCUCCCACAUUGAUGGAUACUGGGGCCCACGCACCUUAAUCGCAGCACAGACUCCGCUGCCAGACACCAUGGCGGACUUCUGGUUGAUGGUUUACCAGAAGAAAGCAUCUACUAUUGUAAUGCUCUCAGACUGCAAAGAGGGAGAUCAGGAGUCUGACUGUGUCUACUGGGAUAAAGACAAGAAAACAUUUGGAGAUUUUGAGGUGGAGGUGGCAAGCACGGACAGCUCCCCAACUUUCAUUACCCGUAACAUGCUGAUCCGUCAUGUCAAGAGAAAAGAGAGUCGGCCAGUGAAACAUUUCCAGUUCCUGAAGUGGGCGAGUAGCGAGCUUCCGCAGAAUCCCCAAGAUCUCACGGACAUGAUCAAGGACAUAAAACACAGUCGUGGCAGCAAAUCACAGAGGAGCAUGCCCAUCGUGGUCCACUGCAAUGAUGGCUCAUCCUGCUCAGGGAUUUUCUGUGCUCUGUGGAACCUGCUGGACAGCGCUGAGACUGAGAAGCUGGUGGAUGUUUUCCAGGUGGCCAAAACCUUACGCAAGGAAAGACAAGGGAUGAUUUCCCGCCUGGAGCAGUACCAGUUCUUGUACGACGCCCUGGAGGGAGUCUUUCCUUUCCAGAAUGGGGAAGUGAAAGCAGUACAGGCCUCUGCAGCUGACUCUGUCCAGGUUGUCAAUGAAACCAAAGCAGCAGAGCAGCCAACAGAGGAAAAAGCUAAGCAGCCAGCCAGCACUACCACCAAUGACCAGCAGGGGGAGACAGAGAGCGAUCAUCUUGUGGCUGAUGGAGGGAAGGAAGCCUUAAAAGAGGAGCCCGAAAAAGUUUCCACAGAGACAACACCACUAGAGGACACCAGCAACAGUACCACUGUCACUGUGGAGGUCUGAGAGGGCUGGGAGCUGGAUGGCUGUGCCUUUUACAUUUGGGAAUAAGCGCUUCAGUUGAAUGCUUUCUUUUAAUUACUUUAUGAAUGUAUGAACAUUGUAAAGACAGUUUUAUAUUUGGUUAUUAACGAAUUUGAUCAAAUAUUUUAAUGGCAAUGUCUAAAAAUAUGAUUUAAAUUAAGUUAUAAAUAUUUUAUUAGAAAACAUUAAGAGUGCAAAUAUCAAGUUCUGUGAGCUAAGUUUACUAGAAACGCUGUCGUCAAACUAGGGGCCUUGGUAAGAGACAUCUCAGAACUACAUUUAAAAUAGUUGUUGUUUUAUAUCUCUCUAUAAAUGCAUGUUGAGUUGUAGUUAGUCUCUGCUUUUUUAGUCUCCCUAAAUAUAUAUAUAUAUAUAUAUAUAUAUAUAUAUAUACAAAUCUGGUAUAUUUGUUGUUAAAUUCAAAAUUUGAUAUGUGACACUGGGGCAUUUCAUUAAAAGAGACUUAC